AAAUUAGUGACAUAUGACUUCUGGACUUUAGUGACACGAAUUGUUGAUUGUUUAUUUUAUUCUGUUUAAAGUUUUAAUAAUUUUGUCCUGAUAAAAGUGAAAAAGUCCUAAAUCCAUUUUAUAAGGGUUUAAAUUUGUUCAUUUACAAGGAACAUUAAUCACUAUUCCAAAUGUUGGACGACGUCAAACAUAUAAUUCUGGUACUGUCUGGCAAAGGUGGAGUAGGAAAAUCAACAGUCAGUACUCAGUUAGCUUUAACGAUGAAAGAAAAGGGCCACAAGGUUGGAUUAUUGGAUAUUGACUUAUGUGGCCCAAGUGUUCCUUAUUUGUUACAGCUGGAAAGCCAUGAUGUACACCAAGCUGAUGGAGGGUGGGUUCCUGUUUAUACUGAUGAAAGUCAAUCCUUGGCAGUUAUGUCUAUUGGAUUUCUUCUUAAUGAUAGAAAUACUGCUGUAGUAUGGAGAGGUCCUAAAAAGACAGCUAUGGUAAAACAGUUUCUCACAGAUGUCUGUUGGGGAAAUUUAGAUUAUUUGAUAAUUGAUACACCACCAGGUACUUCUGAUGAGCACAUUACAGUGAUGGAAAACUUAAAGUCUGUUAAAUUGGAUGGAGCCAUAAUAGUAACUACUCCACAACAAGUAUCCACUGAAGAUGUAAGAAAGGAAAUUACAUUUUGUAAGAAAACUGGGAUUCCAAUAUUAGGAAUCAUAGAAAAUAUGAGUGGGUUUGUUUGUCCCCAUUGCUCAGAUUGCACGAACAUCUUCAGUAAAGGUGGGGGAGAGUCCUUAUCAGAAAUGAACAAAAUACCAUUCUUGGGAACACUGCCAAUCGACCCGCGGAUAGGACAACUUUUAGGUAAAGCAUGUGUGAAGGAACUACCAGAUUCCACCAGUGCCAAAGUAUUUUGUGAAAUUGUUAAACAAAUUAGUGAAACAACAUAAUAGAAAAUAUAAUAUAUAUAUAUCUUUCUGAAAUAAUAUCUUUAUGUAACAUUAUAAUGGGUCUUCAA